AUGGCAAAUCCAGAACUUCCUGAUGCCUUGGGAUCUAUUCCUAGGCUACCUUAUCGUAAUUUGGGAAAAUCUGGAUUGCGAGUCCCGCCAUUCAUUCUCGGCUGCGCUGGUUUUGGAUCGUCGGAGUGGGCAGAUUGGGCGAUUUCUUAUGAGGCGGCGAUACCUAUUUUAAAGGCCGCUUGGAAUGCAGGUAUUCAAGCAUUUGACACCGCCAACGUCUAUUCGAACGGCGAGAGUGAAAGAAUUUUAGGACGUUUUAUAGACGAGCAUAAUAUCCCACGGCAUCAAGUAGUUGUUAUGACCAAGGUGCAUAUGCUCACGGACGAUCGACCCGAGUUUGGUUCUUCCCGUAUCGGCCGAGGUCUAGAUGCCUCGACUUACCGGGAUUUUCAGAACAACUUUGGCUUGUCUCGAACUGCCAUAUUUAAUCAGGUUGAAGCUUCUUUAAGACGUUUACAACUGGACUAUAUUGAUGUGCUACAAAUUCAUCGGCUUGACCGCAAUGUUGAUAAAGAAGAGAUAAUGACCGCCCUUCAUGAUCUUGUUAAGCUGGGCAAGGUUCGCUACAUCGGGGCAUCUUCCAUGCGAGCCGUAGAGUUCGUGCAGCUACAACAUAUUGCCGCGGUCAAAGGUUUUACUCAGUUCAUCAGCAUGCAAUCUUAUUACAACCUUCUAAAUCGGGAAGAUGAUAAUGAACUCAAUUUCUUUGCCCGAGAAACCGGAGUUGGGCUUAUGCCGUGGUCGCCCCUCGCAAGGGGAGCAUUGGCUAGACUGCCGCCAGAGGAUGACAGUAUUCUCUCAAAUCGACAAGCCCAGGAGAAAACAGACCCCAAUUAUGCCAUUACUGAUGUAGAUCGGCGAGUAAUCCAUCGAGUCCACGAAAUUUCACAGAAGAGAGGGUGGACAAUGGCUCAAGUCGCUUUUGUGUGGGUUAAAGAGAAGACGACUGCACCACUAGUAGGAGCUCACUCAAUUGAAAGGCUUAAUGAAUACCUUGAGGCUGCAAGUAAAGACUGGAAAUUAUCACCAGAAGAACAAGAGUAUCUGGAGGAACUAUACCAGCCGAAACGACGAGUUUUUGAUUCUAAAUAA